AGAUAAUUUUAUUAUGAGUAUGGCAGGAUCGUGAAUUUGAGUACCUCGCGAAUUUUUUGUUUUUAUUAAAAAUUGAAAUUUUAUCCUUGUGGAAAAAAUUGCAAUGAGCCAAAACGAAAUCGUGUAUGAGAAGGAGGACGGUUUGAUGAUGGAGAAAAAUGAAGGGAGCGAGCGUGAUUUUCUUUUAACACCUGCUAUUUCAGAUAAUAAAGAUGGAAACGAGGUACAAAAUUGGCCGGUUGAAGAUAGAAAGAAUGACAGGGUGGUUACGGAUGGUUCUAUCGGAUGCGCAUCUGUUGGGAGAAAUGUAAAAACAGCGAACCGUGGCUUAGACGGAUGUUUGGAUGAAGACUGGAGUAAGGAUCACACGGAUGAAAGGGAAGGCUCCAUCACAAUGACAGAUGAAAUGGAAGUUUGCAAAGAGACUGAACGCUCAGAGAAUUACAAUGAAGAAGAAAGUUGCAACACGGAUGGCAAUAAAAUUGCGAGUGUAAUAAUCAAGGAAGAAAAUGAUAAAAUGAGUGUUCUAGAGAUGAAAGUGUACGAGGUAAUGAUGGAUAAUGAAACUGUAAAAAAGUGUGUUCUAAGAGAUGAGCCGCGUUCUGACGUGGUAGUAGGAGAUGGAAAAACCGGUGAUCCAGAAGACAUUGAGGAAAAAAUAUUCGAGAAAGAAGUAGAUAGGGCCAUGGUGACUGACUAUGACAAGAGAGAAAAUACGAAAGAUCUGAGUUCUAACAAGAAAAUUGAAGCAGCACCUUCUCUAAAAGAAGAGUAUCUUUUGCCAGUUAAAAAUCUGAAUUUCUUGCUCACAGAGCUCAGUUUCCUCAUCAAGUCGCUAAAGAGCGGAGUUAUCCGUCAAAGUGUGAUAAAUUACGUCUCAUCUAUCGAUAAAGAGGUGGUAUCUCGCCUUUACUUCAAAUACAUCGCUCAUAUAAAACUAAUUUACAAGUUGAAAGUCGUUUACAACACCUAUAACGGUGACGAGUGUUUCUUCAGCCGCAUCAGUGUAAUCCUUAGGCUUUAUUUCAGGAUGAGUGAGGAAAUUGUCCGGUUUGUGGGUGACAUCUUCGGAAAAGACCAGGAUGAGUUAAAGGAUGUAUUGAAGUGCUUUGAAAAAGCCUACGCUGAGUUAAAAAACCUGGAUAUUAUGGAUUAUUUGGAGAUCUUGGAGGAUAACGGUUCUUUGGUAAGCAUCAAAGAUGCCGGAUGCGAUGUUUCGAGUACUGAGGCUGCUAGGGAAUUUGAUGAGGAGGCAGAGUCGAACACGGAGGUUAAAGAUGUGCACUCAGCCAUGGUGUUGUCCCCAGUGAAGCUACCAAUUCUCAACGAAGAAGAAAAGAAAAUUUUUUGCGAGCUUUUUGAGAUGUCUGCAAGCGUUUUAUCGCAUUUUAUCCUGGCAUACGUAUUUGUUCGUGACGUGCGCGAUUAUAUUGUCAUAAAUCAAGAUUAAUAAACUGCAAUGUUGAAUGUAUGUCCGAUAAAUUACUAAGAAAGAUUCAGAUGGAGGAUUUAUUAAAAGCAUCUAAG